AUGCAACUCACGAUCGCAUCCAUAUAUGCACCUAACAACUCCCAAACUUCCUUCAUUAAAAGAGCGCUCAACAAAAUUUCUAGCCUCCAUGUGGGACACACUAUUAUCUGCGGUGACCUAAACUGCACGUUAGACCCCGAAUUAGACAUUAAGCGCAUCGAAG